AUGAGUCUCAUCAUAAAUGAGCGAUCGCAACCAACCACAAACGAGCUCAUCAUCAUGAUGGGCAAACCCCGCAAAGCGCGGUGGCUGCUCGACGCGAUCCGAAGCACCGCUGCAGCCGCAGAGGCUGGUGCGGCGGCUUAUGCCAGCUCGGCCACGAGCAAUGUUGUUGUGUCCCCAAGCAGCGCUGAUGUAAUCUCCGCGGAGCACAAGGGCAGCUUCUCCCGCACUCUCGUCAGCACAGACGCGCAAACCACGCUAAAGGGCUCGGACAUCCAUGCAGCUGUGAGUAGUGCGAGUGCUGAGAUGCUGCUCCGGCAGGAGUUGGAAGAGAAGUUGCGGUCACAGACCAAGCUUGCUGCGGCACAAGAGCUGAGGCGCUCCGACCGCGACAACCUGAGGACAGCGCAGCAGGCUGCUAAACGCGACAUCAAAGCGGCCGAGCGGAUGGCCGACGAGGUAAAACACGCAGCUCGAGCUGAUUUUGAGAGGUGUAUCGGCGAGAUGCGUGCCAAGAUGCAGGCUGAGCGGCUGCGCGAGCAGCUCGACGCGCUGCAGAUUUCGAUGGAGGCAGAGGCGAGGCGCGCUGAUGCCGCAGCUCGAGGCGGAGAGGUCAAGGCGCUGCACAACAUCAACAAGAUGGAGGGGAUUAUGCAUAUUUUCCUCUACUUAUACACAUAUUUUGGGCCAAUAUAG